GGGUUAUAAACUCUGUGACAAUAAGCCUGUAGUUGAAAUCUACAAUCCUGCGGUCGAUGUGUUGUUGCGACGGUUAAAAAGUGGCAUUUCCCUCCCACACACACACUGUUCAGUGGUGGUGCGAUUUAAAUGGUCAAAUGUACAGAGGCACAUCGAGAUAGAGAGCCAAGAGAAAUGCUUGGCCUGUGGAACGCCGUUCAGAGAGAUGCUUGGCCUGUGGAACGCCGUUCAGAGAGAUGCUUGGCCUGUGGAACGCCGUUCAGAGAGAUGCUUGGCCUGUGGAACGCCGUUCAGAGAGAUGCUUGGCCUGUGGAACGCCGUUCAGAGAGAUGCUUGGCCUGUGGAACGCCGUUCAGAGAGAUGCUUGGCCUGUGGAACGCCGUUCAGAGGGAGAAGUGCAUUUGUUAUUGCUCUUAAGCACAGCGAAAUGAUUGAGAUAGGAUCAGCUAACGCUUUCAAGGAUGUCUCAUUACACAGACGAACCUCGCUUCACCAUCGAGCAGAUCGACUUGCUCCAGAGGCUGCGGCGUACGGGCAUGACCAAGCAAGAGAUCCUCCACGGCAUGGACACCCUAGAUCGGCUGGACCGCGAGCACGGGGACAAGUUUGGGCAUCGCACCUCCUACGGGGGAGGAGCAAGCGGCUCUGUGUCAGACCCCAAUUGCACCUCCAACAACACUGCAGCCACCACAUCUUCUACAACAUCUUCUUCCUGUAUUAUUAUUAAUAGUAAUGCCACCAGUGGGAGCAGCAAUGUUAACAACACCACCCCGGCCUCUUCCUGCACCAACUCUACCGUCGCACAGACCCAGUACCUCUCACCACGUGGGGGGCUGUCGCCUAGCAACAGCUACGACACCUCCCCACCGCCCAGCCUGCCCUCCGCCGUCCGCCACUCCCCAGUGUCACUGGUCACCAUGGCGCAGAACGGGGGGCGGGACAGCCUGGUGGCGACGCCCAAUGGGAAGCUCUCGCCGCCGCGGUACCCGGUGAACAGUGCAGCGGCCGCCAGGGCGUUCGGGUUCGAGGCAACUGAGGAGGAGCUGGAAAUCGAUGAUAAGGUGGAGGAGCUUAUGAGGAGAGACGGCAGCAUUGUGAAGGAGGAGAUCAAGUUGUUCCUGGGGAACAGGAGAAUCUCUCAGGCUGUGGUGGCCCAGGUCACAGGAAUCAGUCAGAGCAGGAUCUCUCAUUGGUUGCUUCAACACGGCUCUGACCUCAGUGAACAGAAGAAGAGAGCUUUCUACCACUGGUACCAGCUAGAGAAGACCUCCCCAGGUGCCACUCUAAACAUGCGCCCAGCCCCAAUGGCUAUGGAAGAAAUGGAGUGGAGACAGACCACACCCCAUAUAAGUACCGCCCCAGGAAUUUUCCGGCUACGCAGAGGAAGUCGUUUUACCUGGAGGAAAGAAUGUCUGGCUGUGAUGGAGAGCUACUUCAAUGACAACCAGUACCCUGAUGAAGCUAAGAGAGAGGAGAUCUCUAACGCCUGCAACGCUGUCAUCCAGAAACCAGGGAAGAAGCUAUCGGACCUGGAGAGAGUCAGCUCUCUUAAAGUGUACAACUGGUUUGCCAACCGACGCAAGGAGCUCAAGAGACGAGCUAAUAUUGAAGCCACAAUCCUGGAGAGCCAUUGGAUAGACGUCCAGAGUCCUGGAGGACACUCCAACAGCGACGACAUCGAUGGAGGCGACUACACAGAACAGGCCUGUGACCUGGCCUACUUUGACAAGAGACCCAUGGCCAGACCCUUUGGCUUCUACAGGCUAGAGCCCACUUCACCCACACAGGAUGAUGGUACUGACCACCAGGACCCCAUCUCUCUGGCCGUGGAGAUGGCUGCAGUCAACCACACCAUCCUGGCUCUGUCCCGGACUGGAGGGGUGCCCAGCGACAUCAAGACAGAGAUCCCGGACGAUGACUGAAGAGGUGGUUACUGGACAGUGACUGUGAGAGGAAGGAGUGGAGAGCGAAGGGUAAUAAUCAAGAGAGGAUAGGUCGUGUUUGUGUGUGUGCGCGUGAGAGAUUGUUUGUGUGUUCAAGGAAUGUGAAAACGACCAAAUGAAGCUAUCAAACUCCAGCCACCCUCCUUCCCCUUGUUCUCAGGCCCUCCACGGCCCCAGUGUACUGUACCCUCCUUCCCCUUGUUCUCAGGCCCUCCACGGCCCCAGUGUACUGUACCCUCCUUCC